AGAAAGUCCAAUGGAGCCUACCGAAGUACCUGGUCAGAUCAGCAAAGAUAAUUUUUUAGAAGUUCCUAAUCUGUCUGAUUCUGUUUGUGAAGAUGAGGAAGUUAAAGCGACCUUCAAGCCUGGCUUCUCCCCUCAGCCGAGCAGAAGAGGGUCAGGAUCUUCUGAAGACACGUACCUGGACACCCCAACUUCAGCUUCCCGGAGGGUUUCCUUUGCUGACAGCCUUGGAUUCAGUCUUGUGUCCGUUAAAGAAUUUGAUUGCUGGGAUUUACCAAGUGUUUCAACUGAUUUUGGCUUAAGUAGGGAUGUCUUCCACACAGAAGAAUAUGUUUUGUCUCCAUUGUUUGACUUGCCCUCUUCAAAAGAAGAACUUAUGGGACAACUUCAAGUGCAGAAAGCAAUGCUGGAGUCUACUGAAUACCUCCCUGGGUCGACAACUAUGAAGGGCAUUAUUCGAGUUCUGAACAUUUCUUUUGAGAAAUUAGUAUAUGUGCGCAUGUCCUUGGAUGACUGGCAAACACAUUAUGACAUUUUAGCAGAAUAUGUUCCUAAUUCAUGUGACGGUGAAACUGACCAGUUCUCUUUUAAGAUUUCAUUGGUUCCUCCUUAUCAAAAAGAUGGCAGUAAAGUUGAGUUUUGUAUACGCUAUGAAACUUCUGUGGGUACAUUUUGGUCAAAUAAUAAUGGCAUCAAUUAUGUAUUGGUUUGUCAAAAGAAAAGGAAAGAUCCAGAGCCUGUAAAACCAGUGGAAGAAGCUCCCAAUAGACAAAUAAAAGGCUGCUUAAAGGUAAAAUCAAGCAGUAAAGAAGAAUCAUCCCUAACAUCUGAAGAAAAUAAGUUUGAGAAUUUCAAGUUCACAGAUGCCUAUGUCCCAACAAUAAUUUGUUCUCAUGAGGAUGACUUGGGAGCCAGUCAUCAAAAUGUAGACGACAUCAACAUGGAGCAUGAAGGACAUAAUGAAAAAGAAUUAAACUUGAUGAUAAACCAACCGCUAUUAAAUUCUCGGGAUGAAAAGAAUACAUUUUCGGCAGACCCAGUCAAUUGGACAAAUAAAGCUGAGGGGUCAGAGAAGAAGCAAGAUUAUUAUGAAAUUCAUACUGACUUGUUCAGAAGGCCUUUGUCUCCAAGCUUACCAGAAGAAAUCUCCUCAAAGGGAGAUUCCUACCGAGGCAGAAACUAUUCUCCAGGAAAUGAAUAUGGUCAUCCACCUUCAGAGGGGAUUCCUUCAUAUGGGGGAGAAGUGGGGCCAUUACUGGGAGAUGCUAGCUCUGAUGAAUUAAUGCAAUUGAACCUCCACAGCCAAGAAGUCUUAGAUGAUAAUGCCAAUCCUGCCCACAGAAGUGGCAGAGUUCAAAUAGCAUGCCCAUCCUCUGGCCACCUAAUGACAGAUGGUCUUAACAAGAAUAAUGAAACAGGAGCCAAAAAAACUGGAGUAAAAGAUCACAAAUAUUCAAGAAGUGGUUUCUGUUUAGAUGCAUCCACAAAUCUGGAAGAAUCAAAUGCAUCUUCCAAAGAUGAUUCUACCAAGAGCAAUGAUGAAGAGGAACACAACAAAUGCUUAAGUGUUAAUGAAAACCAAAGAAAGACUUUUCCAUCAAUAUUCCAGACCAAAGACAGACACCCAGAAAUAAGCAUUGAAGGGACUAAAGCUAAUAACAAAGACUUAAUCACACCACUAAGCAAUGACACUACAACUACUACAUGGAGAGCAGCAGUAGGUCCCUCUGCUUCAACAAAGACAAAAGUGUAUUGGAGAGAAACCGGCAAAGGUACAACUUUAGAACCAAGAGCUCCACAUCUUGGUUCAUCAAGAAAUGGUAACAUUCUGACAGGCGAUUAUCUUUUACAAGCUGCAAGGGAAAAAUCAGAUCCUAGUAAUCUUGAAGAUCAGAAUAUGAAUACACAGCAUAAAAAAAAUUGGAAUGUUCUGGAAUGUCAGCCAGAAACAAGAGGAAUUGAAACAAACACAGCCAAGCAGAUCAAAGAACAAGCAGAGUGUAAAGACGUGUGGGAAAAAAGAGAUAACAAGAGAAGUCUGAAAGCUCCUCCUACAGAACCAUUGUUUACCUGCCAAGAGACAGAAUGCUAUGAACUGUCUCCUCUAGCUGAUCAUGGUAUUACUGAGAAAGCACAAGCAGUUACAGCUUAUGUAAUUAAGACAACAUUAGAAAGGACUCCAGAAAGCAUGUCUGCUAGAGGAAAUGCAAUAAUUGCUAAGCUACCCCAAGAGACAGCACGAAGUGACAGGCCCAUCGAGGUAAAAGAAACAGCGUUUGAUCCACACGAAAGGAGGAAGGAUGACUCACAUUAUACCCUUUGUCAUGGAGAUACAGCAGGUGUAAUCCAUGACAAUGAUUUUGAAAGGGAAUCACAUUUUGCUAUUUGUAAUGUAAGUGUAGAUGAAAUGGAGAAGGAGGCAACCACAUCUACAUGCUAUCUUAGGAAGACACAUGACAAGGAGAAACGUGGAAUUGGAAUUGCAACUUCUACAGACGAACCUUCACAGGUCAUUACAGGUGAUCAAAAAGCUAUGUCAAAAAUGGAUUUACAUUUGGGAGUAUUAACAACAGACAAAGCAGUGUUCCUGGAAAAUAAAGAUCUUGAGCUGCUUCAAGAAUUAUCAAGGAGAACAGAAAUCGAUGCUGUUCGUUCUGCGUUUAAUUCAGACAUUUCCAGCACAUCUCAGGGCAGCCCUCACGUUUACAAAUGCCAAUCUGAAAAUUCAGAACCCUCUUCUGGAUGGCUAUUUGCUGAAGAGAAAGCAGAUACCAACACAACACCCCAGUCUAUGCCUGCCAAAUCAGAAUAUACUUGCUGCCCAGAAAGUGAGAUCCUGGACCAUGUCGUGUCUAAACCUGAUGAUGUUUUCAAAACCUUGGAAAUAAUGGAAGCAGGUAAUGGAAGAGAAAGACCUGUGGGUCUGAUUCUCCAACAAAAAGAAGGCAAAAGUUUGGAAAAAUCACAUGGCCCAAUGAUUUUAGUCAGUGAACCUCUUGAGAAUCUGGAGGAGGCAAAGCCUGACGUUGAAGGAUUGAUACAUUUUGGACAGUCACAAUGCUAUUCAGAUGACAAAGGAUCAGAGAGCCCCACUUCUGCUACUCUCCCUCCCCAAGAAGUCCAAGCUCAGGGCAGGGAGUCUCUGCUUUCCACAUACAUCAACUCUAAAGUGCCUUUUUUCCUUUUGUUUCUGAUCUUUCUUGCAACUAUCUACUACUAUGACUUAAUGGUAGGUUUGGCAUUCUACCUCUUUUCCUUGUACUGGUUAUACUGGGAAGGGGGGAGGCAAAAAGAGUCUGUCAAAAAGAAGUGAGGUCGGUGAAAUGACUAUUUUCUGUUGAAAGAUAAGCUAUUUAGGCCCAAACGUUUGGAUUGGCGAGAGAGUCUAUUCAUUGUUCGAAGAGUCAGUGCAGUUUUUCUCUUGAAAGAACAUUUAAAAAGGAAUGCAUAUGACGUUUGCUCCUUCAUAUAAGUAAUUAUUCUAUAUAGGACCAUUAUGCGUGGAUCAUUAAAUACCUAUAUGAAUAUGAGAUCUGAAGCACGUCAAGUUGAAAUUAGGUACAGCUGUUGCUCCUUAGUAGGCUGUGAAGUCGAAAUGCUUCAUGUCCCUUCACUGCUUAAAAUGCUAUUUCUUGCAUCCAUUUCUUUCACAGUAAAGCUGUGGAUAUUUUUUUCCCUGAAAGUGCUUUCCCCCUAUGGUUUUAAAAAUAGAUACAACAUGGACAAUAGCAGAGAAUUUUUUUUCUUUCAGCCCAUAGAAGUAACCAUGAAAUUUUCAUUUAGUACUGUGUUAUUUAUCAGCAUACGUUUAUAGAUCAAGUACUAAAAGUUCUAUUUUAUACCAAGAAAAUGCCCAUGUAUGCUAUCACAGCAAAACAUAAGAUGGAGACAUAUAUUAUGCACAUUCAAAUUAUAAUUCAUAUACAUGCCCUUGUAUCUCUUUACACCUAUAAUAUCAGGGUGUUUAUAAAACAAAUUUGACCAACAAUUCUGUAACAAAUUAGAAAUUUUCAUUCAGCUCUACAAAUUUUGCAGGUAUCUUAUUUCAAACAAUGUUUUUCAAUUGAAAAUGUAGAAUGUAAUAUGGCUGAACAAUUUCAAUGUUACGUGGUGUCCAGACAUGAAAUUUAAAACCUUCUGUAAGUACUGUUUUAGGACAACUUAGUAGCUAGAGAGCAGCGACUCUCAUCCUGUAGGUCCUGACUCCUUUGGGAUCAGAUAUCCUGCAUGACAGAUAUUUACAUUAUGAUUUAUAGGAGUAGCAAAAUUACACAGGUAUGCAGUAGCAACGAAAUAGUUUUAUGGUUGGGGGGUCAUCUCAACAUGAGUACCUGUACACAAAGUCGCAUUGUUAGGAAGGUUUAGAACCACUGCUAUAGAGCAUAAGGCCUUAAAUGACAAUAAAGUAGAUAGUAGAAUGGUUGCCCUUCAUAAUAGAUCUUUUGUUUUUAAUUUAGUUGUUAAUAUUUUCUCAUAAUGAGGAGAUAUUCCAAUGUGCACUUGCAGAACAAACACCUUGACUUGGUUGUUACUCACUGUAUGAUCUUUAGGCUGUAAGCUGUAAGUAAGAAAAAUAGGCAUAGCUGGAGGCAUACUGGAAAAUAUGUGAACACCCAAUAUAUCAGUGAUUUUGACUACUGUAAUUAUGGGUAAAAGAUUGAAAUAAUAGAUUUUUUUGGUUAGGUGGUAAUACUGUCAAGAGUCAUAUAAAAUUUAUUUUAGCAAAUUUUUGGAUGACUGUAAUACAUAAGGCCCUGUGUGCUCUAUUCUGUGGCAGUUCUGUGAUACAUUGAAUGUACGGAUCCCUAGAUUUGAAUGAUCAUCUUUGAUGGGAAUUUCUUUCAUGGAAUAUUUAAUUGAAAACAGUAUAAUAUUUUUAUUUAUAGUCAUAAACUUACAUGUUAUCUCAUAUAUCUUAGAAAUAUGCAUUUAGGAGAAAAUAAUAAAAAUAUUUUAAAGAACUUUCAUCUGAUACUUAGUGAUUUGCUUAAUUUUUGUUAUACACACAACUAUUUCUCAGUCUUGUAAUUGCAUGCUGUUCUUAAAUCCCCUUGAAAGUGAGUGACUGUCUUAUCUCUUUAGUAGAUCAAAUACAAACAUCCUGGAGUAGAAUGUAGGUCAAAUAUUUGAGUUCUUAAAAAGCAUAUUUUCGUUAAAUACAAGUCAAUUUUCUUUAAGCAGUCCUUAGAAAUUAUCAUUGAAAUUGUUACCACCAUAUUUUGUUGUCAGUACUGUUAAGUUAGAAUUAAAGCUAGCAUUCCUUCAGUGCUUUAUGGCUUAGAGAUUUUUUAGUUCUAUGUUUUAAGAGUUUCGGUCAAUAUGCCAUUUCUCUUUAAUGCAAAGAACACUAUUAUUUCAUGAGUACAGGUGCCCAAACUGGAAUUCUUUGAAAUGAUCAAUGCAACUUCUUUUAUCUCUUUUAUUUGACUUCUGGUAACAUUAACUCACAAAAGUUCUCAUGCAUUUGUAAUAAAACAGGAACAAGAGUCAAAAGAUUUUUAAAUUCAGGAUUGAACUGACUCUUCAAACAUUCUGUAUGAGGAACUUGAAAUAAAGUCACAAGAACACGUGAAGUGAUUGAUAUAUGGGGAGGCAGAGUUCAGUCGUCUCUUUUGGUCAUAUCUCUAUGCUGAAUAAGAAGUGGUAGGAAGAACUCAUGGCCUCUGCUAAGGAUUUGGCUAUGGACCAUGUUGGUAAAGGCCAUUUUUUAAAUGCAUAUCUGCCUGUUCCAUAUCUCACCAAUAUUGACUUUGGACAUAAUGAAGAUAUGGCAGGGUAAUUAGCAGCAAGAAGCUUGGCCUAUGUCAUUCUCAUAGAAUUUGAUAUCAUCAUUAUCACGUUUUAUCUUGCUGGGCUUUUCACUUUUAGACAUUAAGCUCUAAAAAUUAAUUGAUAAGUAAGUCUAGGAAGCAUAAGUAGUAAAAGUGACUUUCUUUUAAGAAAUCUGACUUCUCUAAGCUGUCCAUGUCACAAUAGAAUUCUCAACCAGGAUGACAUGAAUUAGUGGAUGAUAUCCACUCUUCAACACUGAAGAGCGUUAGGAUAAUAGAACAAAAUUUUCCUGAGAAGCUCUAAUAUGUCAGUGAUAAAGUUUUUCAAGGACUGUCUAUAUUCAAAUAUUUGCCAAUAUUUUGUCAAAACAAGACAUUCUUAUACCUCAUCUAACACCAGUGUUAUGAUUAAGUUGAAAAAUUUUAAAUGACUAGACCAAUGUUUUCUUUUACAGUUAUGAACAUUAUUUCAUGUUAAAGACAUUUUUCUUCAUCAAAAUCCCUUUUAAACAUGAAUAAAAUAAAGAUUAAACAAAUAAAAUAGGUCUAGUAAAAUUAUAGGUGGUCUGGUUACUGAUCUCCUUUGUGAUAAAGACUUUUCUUUUACAUGUCUAUGGAGUGCUUCUGGAAAGUGGAUUUUUUGGUAAUAUUUUGUUUAUAUUCUAAUAAAGCAUGCCUGAAGAUCAGAGUUCAAAGCUAGCCACAGCCAUACAGUUCAGACAGUGGCCCAACAUAUCUUUAAUCCCAGGACUCAAGAGACAGGGGCAGAUGGAUCUCUGUGAGUUCAAGUUUAUCCUGUGCUAUAUGAGAGUGAAACAGUCUAAAAGAGAGACAGAACUCAAAUCUUUAAUCCCAGCACUAAGGAGGUAGAGACAGAAGUGAUAUGGCUGGGCAAAGAGAGGAAUAUAAGGCAGGAGGAAAGAAGAACAUAUUGCAGUCUAGGCAGUCUGAGGUUUGGUGAGAAGCAAUGCAGUUGGGAGCAAUCUGAGGUUCAGUGGAUCACCCCUUUGGUUUGAGCAUUGGUAGAGGUGAGAACUGUAUAAUGGCUGCUUUGCUUCUCGGAUCUUCAUCUUUAACUCCACUAUCUGUCUGUGGGUUUCUAUUAUUCAUGCUUUACACUAAGGACCUCCUUUUGCUGUUAUGUAGUCUUAACCAGUUCCUGUGGAAAUGAAGAAGAUUCAUUUUUGCUCUACAAGAUGUGAAAUGCCAGGCCAUGCUUGCCAAUUACCUUCUUGGUUGUGUAUCUCUUAAGAGAGCAAGCAGCUCAAAAAGCCACUGUGAUUUAUCUGAUUAACCAAGGUUGUUUCUGUUUGUUUUUUUGGAAAUUUUAUAAUGAAGAGCUUGCCAACACAACUUAAUUUUCAUCAUUUAAAACAUAUUUAGUCAAGAAUCUAAUGUUUCUAGCACAUAACCCAAGCUUUCAAAAUUAUAGAUAAAAUUUUAAUGAAGCUUCCAACCCAGCUUUGAAUGUGCAUGCAUUUUACACUUAAUUGUUGUAUUGUGGUUUGCUGAAACCUUAUUAAACAAGCAACUAUUUAAAAAGUGCAAGAUUUUCAUUUUAUAUCAUUUCAACAUUUUCAAGUGCAUAUACGGGACAUUUAUUUUUCAAAAAUGGACUAUGCAUUGUGAAAACUUUAAUAAAAUUUCCCCAAGUGUU